GAGACUGGGACCGGCUGUGAGGGAAGCGGAGGAGACACCGGGAAGAUGAAUUGCUGACCUUUUCCUGCAUCUUAAUAAUUCAGCAGCAACUUCUGUGAAAAUGACGAAGCUUCCUGGGGAAUUCCAGCCGGAUCUGGAGAGGAGCCUUCCAGCCAUUGCCUCCAUCAACUCGUCCAUGAGCCACAACCACGUCUUCUCUCCGCAUUCCCUUCUGCCACGAGAACAGCGGCGGCUGAUUUCCGACGUGCGCCGAACUUUUUGCCUGUUUGUCACGUUUGACCUGCUUUUUAUUUCCCUUCUUUGGAUUAUUGAACUAAAUACUAACAAUGGCAUUGAGAAGAACUUGGAGGAGGAGAUCUUGCAUUAUGAUUUUAAAAACUCCUUUUUUGAUAUAUAUCUUCUGGCCGUGUUCCGUUUCUCUGUCCUCAUCCUCGCUUACGCCAUUGUACGCCUCCGUCACUGGUGGGCUAUUGCGAUCACCACACUUGUGACCAGUGCAUUUCUCAUUGUGAAGGUUAUUCAGUCUGGACUUCUGUCCAAAGGGGCAUUUGGCUAUGUGUUGCCAAUCGUGUCCUUUGUGUUGGCCUGGCUGGAGACCUGGUUCCUUGACUUCAAGGUCCUGACUCAAGAGGCAGAGGAGGAGAGAUGGUAUACAGCUGCUCAAGCUCCGGCUAACCACCCCCCUUAUCUAUACAAUGGAACGCUCUCAGAUGGACAGUUCUACUCCCCCCCGGAGUCAUUUGCAGGGUCAGAUAAUGAGUUUGAAGAUGAAGAGGAAGCAGCCGGGAGGAAGGCAGUAACCCCACAGGAGCGGGAGUAUGUGCGACAGGGCAAAGAGGCCUUGCUGGUUAUUGAGCAGAUUCUGAGCCAAGAAGCAAAUUGGAAAUUUGAGAAGAGCAGUGAGGCUGGAGACGUGGUGUAUUCUUUAGAGGUCCCUUUCCACGGCAAGACCUUUAUACUGAAGACUCUAAUGCAGUGCCCAGCGGAAACAGUGUACCAGGAGGUCAUCCUACAGCCCGAAAAGAUGGCUUUAUGGAAUAGGACGGUGGCCCUCUGUCAGGUCUUGCAGCGAAUAGAUGAUAAUACACUUAUCUCCUAUGAUGUAGCGGCAGGAGCAGCUGGUGGAAUGGUAUCACCCAGAGAUUUUGUGAACAUCCGACGUAUUGAGAGAAGGAAGGAUCGAUACGUUUCUGCUGGAAUCUCCACCACACACCAUUCCAGACCUCCACAAAGAAAAUAUGUUCGGGGAGAAAAUGGCCCAGGAGGAUUUAUAGUACUUAAGUACCCCAAGAAUCCUUCCAUGUGCACUUUCAUUUGGGUCCUCAACACAGAUCUGAAGGGUCGCUUACCUCGCUCGCUGAUCCACCAGAGCCUGGGCUCCACAAUGUUUGAGUUCUGCAGUCACCUCCGUAAAAGAAUCAUGGAUGUCCACGGCGAAAAAUCAUAACAUCCCACCAAAGCUCUCGGCACCAAAUCAGAGGUUCUAAGUGCUCUGCAUUCUGAUCCGAGGCUGCUGACUGCAACUAAUCCUUCAUUUCAAUAAACAGAAGGGCGCAAUGGAAUCCAUGUUGCCUUUCCACCUUCUACUCCAUCCGUUAUGGAACACUUCCUUUAUUGGCUUCUUUCUCUCUUCUCCCUGGAAGCUGGGAGUGUUGACUCUGGUGCCUAAAUGAGGAAUGGCCAGAAGCCAUAUUAAUGGUCUUUCAUUCCUCUCUGUGGUUAAACAAGUCGGGAGGAUGCCUUAAAGGCACAAUGUGAGUGAUGUUUCACUGCUGCCAAUCAAUCUGUUUCAUUAUAACGACUAUAGAUUCCCGGGGGAGGUUUUGAGGUCCGUCCACUGUGGCUGUGGGUUCAGAGACUCUCCAAGUGAGUUAAAAGUAUAAAUUAUUGGGCAAGAACAAUCAAAGGCAUUUUAUGUGCUCUGUAUUAUGCACUGAACUGGAUCAAACAGAGCAGAGGGGGUGCACGAGCAAUUUUGGGGGGCAUUUAGGAUCCAGCAUGUUCACUGAAGUAUAACCUGCUGUUAGAAUGCAGGCGUUCCAUUAAUGCACCUGGCUUUGUGGUACUAACACAAGCCCCAAAUCAUUUAAAUCCACUUUGGUUUUUAUUUUUACUUUGGGUGGGUGGGAUUCUUUAUUUUAUAAGCCUGCCUCCCUGCUCCUACCUUUUAUCAUAAACAUGUCGCUCUGCGGCUGCUGAAUUGCACCUCCUGGCGUCCUAUUGGCUCCUUAACAGCUGCUUUGGGAGUUGCAGUUCACUAACAGCUUGCACGGUUCUCUCUCUCUCUUUUCAGUGUUAAGUGACAGUUGCACAAUUGCACCUUCUUUCCUUUUGUUGGACUUACAAAAGGUGCCACACGUACUGUGCUUGACUUCCCAAGUGUCAGACGGAUGUCACGUAACACUUUAUUGUUGUUUUGUUUUAUUAUUGUUUUUCUACCAGGAGAAUGACAAUAUUUGCAAAAAAAAAAAAUGUGAAAUUGAUUAACGAGAGAUUUCAAUAAAAAUAAUUUAUGUA